CCUUACGCCAUUACGUCAUCACGGAUCAGGAAGAACUCCGGUGUCUUGACGGAAGAACGUUACGCCUAUGUGUUUAUUGUAAACGGCCAAAUACGCAGCCAAAGUCCGACCCCCAACGCACACUCCAGCAGACAUGUCGUACGGCAAAGCAGAGACGUACCACCCCGUCCCUCGGGACUUCAACAGCCUCAUACAGACCUGCAGCACCAACAUCCAGAAGAUCACACAGAACACUGCUCAGAUAAAGAGCAUGGUGAGCCAGCUGGGAACCAGACAGGACAACAGUGAACUCCAGGACCGUCUGCAGCAGAUUCAGCACUACACCAACCAACUGGCUAAAGAGACCAACAAACACCUGAAGGAGCUCGGCUCCAUCCCGCUGCCCACAUCGCCCUCAGAGCAGAGGCAGCAGAAGAUCCAGAGAGAUCGACUGAUGAACGAUUUCUCUGCAGCUCUGAACAACUUCCAGGCCAUCCAGCGCCGUGCAGCAGAUAAGGAGAAAGAGUCUGUGGCCAGAGCGAGAGCUGGAUCCCGUCUGUCGGCUGAAGACACUUCUCGAGAUGAGAAACUCGUUUCCUUUGAUAACCAAGACGACUGGGGUCAGAUGACGGCUCAGACGGAGGAGGCGGCCAUCACAGAGGAGGACCUGGAGCUCAUCAAGGAGAGAGAGACCAACAUCAGGCAGCUGGAGUCUGACAUCCUGGAUGUGAACCAGAUCUUCAAGGACCUGGCUGUGAUGAUCCACGAUCAGGGAGAGAUGAUCGACAGCAUCGAGGCAAACGUAGAGAACGCUGAGGUGCACGUAGAGCGAGGAACAGAGCAGCUGCAGAGAGCCGCCCACUACCAGCAAAAGUCCAGGAAGAAGAUGUGCAUCCUCGCCAUGGUGUGCUCCAUCGUGCUCGUCAUACUCGGCAUCAUCAUCUGGCAGGCUACAGUGAACUGACUCCGCCCAACUUAUGUGUCACUGCUAUAUUUUACCCCGCCCCCUCCCACCUGCAAUACCUGCUUGGAAUCACCAGAAGAAGAGGCCAGUCAGCGAGGACGGAAUCAGUCAGAUGUGAUCGAGCCUGAUUUUGUAAAUAAUCUGAAAACAUCAGAUUCCCUGUGAGAUGAAGGAUGGAGGCCUGAGGUGGAGCAGGGGAGCGAUCUAAGAUAUAUGAGAUUCCUUAAUUUGCUUCGUUCAUUCUUCUUUACUGCACUAACACUGGCUGUCACAGUAUUUCAAAUGUCAAAAAAAAAAUGUUCUCGGGUUGACUUCAGAGCAGGUUUAAUGAAAAAAAGAAACACGUCUCGUUAAAGUAAAAGAAUCUGUGGUUUUUAGGGGCUGUAAAUUAUUUUUCUGUUCGGUCGUUGAUGCUGCUCUAACAUGCCGGGGGGGGAGGGGUUGGGCGGGUGUCUGACUCCUGGUCGUAAUGGAAGCAUAGGAUGUAAUAUACAUGUUAAAAAAUGAAAACAUUAAAUCCAUGUCUGUAAAUAUUCCACAGUGCUGCGAUAUACUCUGAACAUUAUGGAUGAUGAUAAAUAAUGACACUAUCUCUGGAUGAAACGUCGAACAUUUUUAUUGAUUUCUAUGACUCCUGACGAGAAGCGUAAUAAAUGUCUUAAACACA